AUGGGCUUGAAGGACACUGAGACGCUUCCAGCGCCCGCUGCUGCCCCGGCCGAACCUACUCGCGGUCGCAGGAACCGCUGGACACUCCUGCUCGGCGUCGCUCUCCUCGCGGGUUUGCGGUUGUUCGCAUGGUCGAGGGAAGGGCAAGGCUGGCUGCAGGCCAUCCUCAAUCCUCGCACGACGCUCUUUUGGUACCCUUGCCCCGACGACUCGACCACGCUGUGCUCUUUCUUGACCGUGCCGCUGGAUUACACCGACCCGCGGCCGAAUGAGACGGUCUCUCUCGCCCUUCGAAUGAUCCCUGCGACCGUUCCUCCGAAGGAGCAGCUUGGCUAUCUAUUCACGAACCCUGGCGGACCUGGCGGCUCUGGCACAGCCGCUGUCGCUUCGUACGGUGGAAAACUCGCAGCCAUCGUCGAAGGCCGAUACAACGUCCUCUCCUGGGAUCCUCGCUCCGUCAACUUGACCGCGCCUGCUGUCGGCUGCUUCGCGACCGACGGCGAUGCGAACCGCUUCCUGCGUGACAUUGAGCACCUCGGCUUGCCAUUCGCCGAGUACGCCUGGACCGUCAAACUCGACGCUUUCGAGCAGGCACUCGCGAGCUCUUGCGAUCCAAGUGCGGCUCAUAAGAUUGUCAGGGCUAGCUCGACAGCCUUUGUUGCGAGGGAUAUGAAGCGGAUCCUCGAAGCGCUCGGGGAGAAAAAGUUGUCCUACUGGGGGUUCAGCUAUGGCACAAUCCUCGGCGCAACUUUCUCGGCGAUGUUCCCAGACUUGGUCGAGCGGGUCAUCCUCGACGGCGUAUCGGAUGCGGAUAGCUACACGAACGACUUGUGGGAGUGGGGCAGGUCAGGCAUGGCCGAUACUCGCAAGGCAUCGCUGACUUCGGAGGCGCAGACUUUCGAAGGCUUCUUCUCGGCAUGCGCAAAGUCAGGACCAGCAGGCUGCGCCUUUGCUAUCGACAACUCGACUGCCGAAGAACUCGAGGACCGCUACCAUGACUUGCUCGAGAAGCUGCGCCAGGAACCGCUUCCGGUCAGUCACAGCGACGUCGGGCCCGGGAUCUUGUCUCCUAGCGACGUCGAGUACACCGUGUUUCACGCGCUGCCGAACCUGGCGCGCCUUCUCGUCGAGACUGAGCGUGGCAACGGUACAAGCAUGUACGCGACCGCCAACGUCGCCUCCGGCAAGCUCGCUCGAAAAGAUCCCGCUCGCCACAACCCUUUCCACCGCGCCAUGUCGACCGGCUCGAUCAUCGCCUCGACCGCCGCGAUCAUGUGCAGCGAUACGGACCCUGAGGCUCUGCGGGACUCCUCGACUAGGACGCUUGGCGAGUACAUGCACGACUUGCGCAAAGAGACGAAGAGUCCGACUGCCGACAUCUGGGCUAUCUGGAUCAGCACAUGUCGGCACUGGAAGGCAAAGGCUAUCGAGACGUACCGAGGGCCUUGGACAGUUGCGGGCGGUUUGAAGAAGACCAACUUUCCCAUCAUCUUUUUCUCGCAAACGGCCGACCCUGUCACGCCACUCAAGGCGGCCGAGAAGAUGGCCGCUGGCUUCGGCAACUCGUCCGCGACGCUCGUCAAGCAGAACGGGUUCGGCCACUGCUCGCUCGCCCAUCCCUCGCUCUGCACAGCCAAGAUCUUCCGCUCCUACUUCCUCGAGGGCAAAGUUCCCGCUUGGAACACGACCUGCGACUCGGACGACGGCUUCCUGUUCCCGCACCCGAACGCUAAGGUCCAGGAGGUCGAGGCAUUGUCAGCGGAGGACGCGGCGCUGCGGAGGCAGAUGUGGGACUUGAGCCAGUCGUUCAAGGAGGCGCGGACAGCUCCGCUGUAG